AUUUUGUCAGCGACACGAAAAACAUACUUAUUUUUAGAAAUGGAAACCACAACUACAUAAUGUUGGCAUCUCGUGGCUCUGCUCCGCGGCUUAGCUAUUGGAUAAUAUGCGUUCGAUCGAUGAUAUUCGGGCGUUGUUGAUACCUCAGUCUUUUCUUCAGCCAAUUUCUUGAUCGUAGUACUUAAUAAAUACGGGGAAGGAAAAAUAUGGCAGAAACAACCGCAGCAAAUGACCCGGAGGUAAGUAUUUCUGCUGAACGUUUUUCUUUUCUUUUUUGAAAUGCAGUGGCCCAGAAGUUAGGUGGACUAGGACGAGUAUCAUAUGUUUGAAAGCACGUUUUGUUUGUCCUUUUGGAGGACAUGACCCUCUAUAUCAGGUAGCGCAAACCGCACCGCCGGAACAAAAGCAAAAAGAGGAGGAAAAAGAACGCGACAGUUCCGCUGCUGAGGAUUUUUGUGGCGAUACGAAAGGCAAAGAUACCGACGAAAAUCUAGAUGCUGAGGCAGCAGCCAAGGACCAGGAGGUCGACAGUAGCAAAGUUGAUAUGGCUGCUGACAAGCUUGAUGAUGACAAAUUGCAUGUGGCAUGCGAGCGCGAGGAGCUGAGCGCAAACAAGAACCACGGUGGAUCUACCAAGAUGGAAGUCGAUGGCAAUCACGGUGCACCACGGCCUUCCUCCUCUGAGGACGAAGUUGCUAAGGCUCUGUCGAAGGAUAGCGAGGAAAAGAAGAAAAUGUUGAGUGAAAAAGAAGAUCUCGCCUCUGGCGAAUGUGUCGAUAAAAAAGACGAGGCCAAAAAGGACGACGAGGAUGAUGUAGUUGAGAAGAAGAACGAUAGUACUCGAGCAGCGCGCAGCGGCUCUAUGUCAGCGAAAGAAGGCCGCGACGCAGAAAAACCGAAAAAAGAAAACGGUGAAAAUGAUGUCAGUAAGACGCCCGUCGCGACGGAUCGCGACCACUUUCACGACCAGCUAGAUUUUGGGGAGGAGCACCAAAAUUCUAAUAACAUUGUCAAGGAACAGAGCGACGACGAGCACGCUUUACUCUCAGAUUUUGGAGGCGAAGGAAGCGACAAAAAUGAUGGCGGCGAGAAGAAGACCCGACGCCGCAACUCCGACCCGGAAGCGGAGGCUCGGAUGCGGCAAACCAGCCGCAACAACAGUUUGCGGAACAGUGGGGAUUUGGACGAUAUUCUGACCGACAGGAAGGACAAGUCUUCGAUCUUGGUGAAGCAGGAGCGACCGAAGCAAGAGGUGCAACGCCGGGAUCGCCGCCUGUUCGGCGCGUUACGGAGUCAUCUGGUCAGUGCGAAAAACGCGCAGGAGCUGAACCCGCAGGCGCUGGAAAAAACCCGGGAAAACGAGAAGAGAAUCAAUGAAAGGUAUGGGGUACUACGAUCCAUUAGCAAGCUAGGCAAUUGUGGUCUAAUAUGUUGUCUUGCCGAUUUCCUUUUUUGAAUUUGCGGGUUAAGCUUUCAUGAUCUAUUCCUUCGACUAUAAUACAUAGCAUUGCAUUGAGAACAAAAUUGAAUAAGGUCGUGUAUGUCUGUCAAUGUCUUUUUGAAAUGAACCUAACUACCCUUCUUCUAUCCCAGGAUCACUCGCAUGAAGCAGGAGGAGGAAGAGGCCCGGGAGAAGCUGCGCCAGAAGCAGAUUGAGGAGCGGAAGAAGGUGCGGCGCAAGCAGCGGCAGGAGCGCAAGAUGCAGGACGUGGUGGAUCUGAAGGAGCGGCUGGAAACGCACUACAGCCACAUGCGGAAUUUCUUGCGAACCACCACCGACGGUGGCCCGGUGGUGUUUUACCUUCCGAAAAAACACAACGCGGUCACGGAAAAACUGCUCAAGGAGUCUCGAACCGCGAUGGAUAGCAAGAUCGCGACCUUUUCCGACAUUGUCACCGACGCAAAAAAGUACGACAUUUCCGACGCGGACAACUUAUCCGACUCCUUUGAACCAGAAGAUGCGCUGUACAGCGAGGAGGACAGGUUCGGCAAGGAAAGAACCAAAAUGAGGCUGCAAAGCAAAGACCAGGAGGUAGUGCUGUUCUCUUACUGUUGGAUAAGUACCCUACAAACAUGUUGUGCCCGUGUGUACUUUGUUGAAAUUGAUGGUGAAAUGAAGAGCUGCGAUGAGCCGGUCAUCUGAUGAACGCGAGCACAAGUUAUACCUGAUGGAAAAUGUAAGGAUGGAGCGUCUGUCGUAUCUCUUUCUGUUGCAGCUCCGGAGAUCUUCUAAACUGCCAAAAAUGUUGCAAAAAACACAAACAGCUUGCCCUCCUUGGCCCGGAACUGCGGGGCCUCGGGCGAGGCGGGGCGAACAACAAUAAGGACCUCCGGGACCCGGCACGGCGAAACCAAAUACUACCGGAAAAGGGCGACACCCGAGCGAAUUUCCGUUCGGGCAACGUGGUAUUGCGGCAAAAGCGACGACUCUCCAGCGACAAAAGCGACGGCGGGGCGGCGGCCAAGCGGCCGGUGCUGACGCGAAACAACGGCACGAAGGGCCCUCCGGGGAAGGGGGCAGGAAAAAGGGGCCGGCGUUCGGUGACCCCGAGACGCGGCCGGUCUCGGUCCCUCCGCGGGAAGCGGAGAGGACGGUCCUUCAGCGGAAGCAAGCGGCGGCGGUCAUUCAGCCCGAGAAAAAGGUCCCUCACGCCCCGGAGAAAACGGUCUCUCACCCCCAGAAGAAAACGGUCUUUCACCCCCCGAAGGAAGCGCUCCCUCACUCCCAGAAGGAACCGGUCGCGGUCCGUCACCCCGCGACGGGGCCGUUCGCGCUCAGGAUCGAAUUUCCGCAAAAAGCAGCGGUCUCCGUCUCGGUCGAGGUCCUUUUCCCGAUCGAGAUCCCGCUCGCGGUCGCGGUCCCGUGGCGGAAGGCGGUCCUUCUCGCGCCGCCGAUCGUUCUCGCGUCGCAUAUGGCAUUCUCAAACGUUACAUUCUUAACUGUUACAGGAAUUUGUCAUGCAAGAACGGCGAAAGUGAAAGGGGGAAGAUUGCGCCUUGUACAUUACAGAUUUGGCACAGAUUUAGAGUCUUUUUAGCCCUUCGUAGAUUUGUCAUGCGCAGCAGCUUAAUCGUGGCGAUCUUGUUGGUGAAUUUGCAUGGCAAAUCAUGUAACAGUUGAGAAUGUAACGUUUGAGAGUCCCAUAUCGCAGGUCGCGCUCGAACAGCAGGCGCGGAGGUAGAAGGUGAGAAAAUGGAGUCACUCGACGGACUUGGUUUUGACUUCUGAAAGAUGAUGAAAAAGCAUGCUGUUCUUGCUCGUCAGUACCGACACCGUAGUGCAACUUUCCAAGCGGAAUGAUUGUUGUUUCACAGCUCAAGCGAUUGUACGGACGGUGUCGAGGAGUCAAAAAUCUCAAACAGAUGAACCAAGAUAGAAGUUUGUUGUAAGUUCUCCGCUCUACUUAAUGUAUUACACAUGAUCACUGCUAACGUGUAAAAAUUUCUACAAUCGAGGCACUGGCCCGAGCGCCAUUGAUUGCUUACAAU